AUGACAUCAAAGGUGCUUAUGACAUCAACCUCCAAAGACACCACUCUAGAAAACAGAGGAGAGACAUCAACAACUGAAAUAGGAAGACUUACAUCACUCACCCUAGAGGUCUCAAUGACAACGGCACCAGAAAUACAAUCAAAAACUUCUUCAAGGACAUCUACUCAGGAAACAAUAGAAUUUUCUCAGAAUUGGCAGACCCAAACCAUGGAAACCACCAGAGAAUCUCAAACCAACACCCUCACGCAGGUGACCACAUCAACACUUUCAUCCUCCUCCAAUGGACACACCCUGACUGAGACCAUUUCUAAGGACACGUCCCAUUCUGGUAAAACAACCACCUCAUCCACCACUGUGGUCAAUAAUACAACCCUGAUGACAACAGAGGUGUUAACAACAACAACAACCUCUGCAGACGUCGCUCCACAAAAUACAAGGGAGAAAUCAAAACUUGUAAUGGGUAGUAUAGUGCCAUACACCUCAGCAGUCUUACUAAAGGAUAUACCAGAAGGACAAUCAAUAGCAACUUCUUCAAGAACUUCUACCCAGGAGACAUCAGCAUCUUCCCAGAGCCAUCAGACUCAGAGCACGGAGACCACGAGAGAACCGGAAACUAGUGCCCUCACACAGCUUAUCAUAUCAACUCUACCAUCUUCCCAAUAUGGACACCAUCUUAGUGGGACUAUUUCUUCUGCAAUUGUCCAGAUAGGUCACACUGAACCCACACAGACCGCAGAAGAAUCCGAAACCAUGAGGUUGCUCUCCCCGAUGACUGACACCAUCAAGAAGGUCACAACUACAGCUUCUUCUUUUAUACCCAGUGGACAUUCACCUUCAGGAAGUGUUCCUCAGCAUGCAUCCACCACAGGUGAAGUGACAACCUCCACCCUAGCACCCUCUGGAGAUGGUCACACAACCCAGGCCACAACCACAGGAUUGUGGGCAGCACCAACCAGCCCUGACAUCCCCCUGGAGCCCUUAGGGGGAACAUCACCUUCCGUAACAGGCACCAUUCCUCAGGUCACUACCGGAGUCUCAACAUCGGGGGGCCCAGGAGGACAACUGACAUUGCCUUCUGCCAGCACCUCACCUGAUGUCACACCAGCCGUUACCCAAACCCAUCAGACUCAAGGCACAGAGACAUCUGGAGAAACGCAGACCAGCAAACAGGCCUCCUCCAUGUCAGACACCAUCUCACCGGGCACAGCUACCCCUUCCUCAUCCAUGGCAAGCGGCACAACAACGUCAGAAAGUGUGUCCUCAGAAACGUCCACCUCAGGUAGGAUCACAAGCUUCUCACCGACUCCCUCCAGUGACAGCCAGACAACUCAGGGGACAACUGAAUUCUUGUCCACCUCAACCAGUCAUGACCCCAGCCCAGGAGCCAUGGGAACGGUGUCUGUGAUUGUCCCCAGCACCUUUUCCACCAUCUCUAAGGUCUCAACUGCAGGGAGACUGACAGGACAGUCAACCACAACUUCUUCCGGCACCUCUCUUCAGGAAAUGUCAGCCAUUCCCCACAUGCCUCAGACCUGGAGUAUAGGAACUAGCGCGGGAUCUGAAACCAUGAGCUCUGUGUCCGCCCAGGUGACUGACACAUUCUCAACGGUCACGUCCCCACCUCUUUCAUCCACACCAAAUGGGCACACGUCUCCACAAACUGAGACGCACACUCUGUCACCUUCAGACAGCAGGGAAACCCUCAUCUCCACCCCAUUCAUCACCUGGAGCUCCAGCACCCUAUCCACAGGUCACACCUCUCCUCUGUCUGUUACCAGCAAGUCCUCACCAUCCACAGCAUCUUCAGGCUCCCCUCUGAAGACUGAGGCUCCAGUAACAACCACAGCCUCACUGAGGACGGACAAUGGGAGAAGCACGGUAACACCGUUACCCUCAACAACCUCCCAGACCCUUCCUACCUCCACCCGCAGCACAUCCACGGGCAACGGUGCAACAGCUUUCCCAGUCCCUCCGCAGCCGCAGAAAGGCGUUCUCCUCUUCCGCUACGGGCAGCACGUCGGAGACCGGAAGUUUGUCAGGAGGGCCGAGGACUUCACCUCACCGCUCUUCGAGCCCCAGAUCGGCUUCCCCCUCGGCUCCUCUCUCCGGGAUUCCCUCUACUUCACAGAUAAUGGCCAGAUCAUUUUCCCAGACUCAGACUACCAGAUUUUCUCCUACCCCCACCCACUCCAAAGACGCUUCACGGGCUGGGACCCUGUGGCCCUGGUGGCUCCGUUCUGGGAUGAUGCUGACUUCUCCAGCGGCUGGGGAACCACAUAUUACCAGGAAUAUGUGACACUCUAUGAUGAACAUUACCCACUAGUCCAGCAGGUGGAGUCUUUGAUUAAUAAGUUCACAAACUCCUGGGACUACAAAGCCAGGUGGACCCUGAAGGUCACGUGGGUUAAUGCCCCCGCCUACCCCGCAGAUUGGACCUUCAGGACCAGCACCUACCAGGCCAUCCUCUCCACGGAUGGGAGCAGGUCCUACACCCUGUUCCUCUACCAGAGUGGCAGUAUGCAGUGGGACGUGACCCAGCGCCCAGGCACCUCCGUCCUCAUGGGCUUCUCCAGUGGAGACGGGUAUUUUGAAAACAGCCCGCUGAUGUCCCAGCCAUUGUGGGAGAGGUAUCGUCCAGACCAAUUCCUGGAUUCCAACUCAGGCCUCCAGGGGCUGCAGGUCUACAGGCUACACAGGGAGGAAAGGCCCAACUACCGUCUCAAGUGCCUGCAGUGGUUGAAGAGCUCACCUCAGUGGCCCAGGAGGGGCAGGAACCAGAUCUCCUGCCCUUGCUCCUGGCAGCAGGGACUAUGGGACUUACGAUUCCAGCCCGUCAGCAUAGACAGGUGGGACUGGAGCGGCAGGCAGCUGUGCCGCUUCUCCUCCUGGCAGGGAGGCGUGUGCUGCAGCUACGGGCCCUGGGGAGAGCUUCGUGAAGGCUGGAGACUGCAGAGCCCUUGGCAGUUUGACUGGGAACUGGAGCCGCAGGACUGGUGCUGCCGCUGGAAUGACAAGCCCUACCUCUGCACCCAGUACUGGCUGCGGCGGCCCCGCGUUGGCUGUGCUGGAUACAGGCCCCCACGGCCCGCCUGGAUGUUUGGGGACCCCCACAUCACUACCUUGGAUGGUGCCAAUUACACCUUCAAUGGGCUGGGGGACUUCCUGCUCGUCAGGGCCUGGGACAGAAACUCCUCCUUCCUGCUGCAGGGCCGCACUGCCCAGACGGGCUCAGUCCAGGCCACCAACUUCAUUGCCUUUGCGGCUCAGUACCACUCCAGCAGCCUGGGCCCCAUCGCGGUUCAAUGGUUCCUUGAGCCCAAUGACACUAUCCGUGUUCUGCUCAAUAACCAGACUGUGACAUUUGAGACUAAGCAUGAAGAUGGAGAAGACCGGGAGAUAUUCAAUGCCACCGGGGUCCUCCUGACCCGCAACGGCUCCAUGGUGUCAGCAAGCUUCGAUGGGACGACAGCCAUCACAGUGACCGCUCUCUCCAACAUCCUCCACGCCUCCUCCAGCCUCCCAGAGGAGUAUCGAAACCACACGGAGGGCCUCUUGGGGGUCUGGAAUGACAAUCCAGAAGACGACUUCAGGAUGCCCAAUGGCUCCACCUUUUCCCGAGGGAGCUCUGAGGAGGCGCUUUUUCACUACGGAAUGACCUGGAAAAUCAACGAAACAAGCCUCCUUGGCAAGAAGAACGAUCAUCUGCCCUCCAGCUUCACCCCUGUCUUCUUUUCCCAACUGUCGGGAAACAAAUCCUUGGAUGAAAAUUUGGUCUCCAGCUGUAACGGACAGAGACAGUGCAUCUAUGACGCCCUGCUCACGCGCGACACAAGCACUGGACUUCACACGAUGAUGCUCUUUAGAAGAUACCAAGAGAUGAACGCCACCCUCAAUCAGUACCCGCCCUCUAUCCAUGGUCCUCAUGUGCUUGAAGCCUAUCGGGGGAAUACCACGCUGUUUCACUACACCAGCAACGCUGAGGAUGUCACAUUCUCUCUUGGAAACCACUGCACUGACGUUAAGCUCUUUGAGAAUGGGACAUUGCUAUGGACACCAAACUCAUUGACACCGUUCACUCUGGAGAUUCUAGCAAGAAGCACCAAAGUUGGCUUGUCAUCCGUACUCCAGCCCAAGACCGUGGUCUGCAAUUGCAGCAAAGAGAGCCAGUGUUUAUAUAACAAGACCAGCAGGGUGGGCAAUUCCUCCCUCGAGGUGGCUGGUUGCAAGUGUGACGGGGACACCUUUGGCCACUACUGCGAACGCUCCAAGGACCCCUGUGAGGAGCAGUGCUUCCCGAAUGUCAGCUGCAUUCCUGGGCAGGGCUGCGAGGCCUGCCCCCCAAACCUCACUGGGGAUGGGCGUCACUGUGCAGCUCUGGAGAACUCUUUCCUCUGUCAGAACAAGUCCUGUCCUGUGAACUACUGCUACAACCACGGCCACUGCUACAUCUCCCAGACUCUGGGCUGCGAACCCAUGUGUACCUGCCCCCCGGCCUUCACCGACACCCGCUGCUUCCUGGCUGGGAACAACUUCACUCCAACCAUGAGUCCAGAGCUUCCCUUAAGAGUCAUCCAGCUCUCACUCAGUGAAGACGAAAAUGCCUCCAUGGCAGAUGUCAACGCCUCGGUGGCAUACAGACUGGGGACCCUGGCGGUGCGGGCCUUUCUCCAGAACAGCAAAGUGGAACAAAUCCGUCCCCCAGCACCAGCCUCGGGAAGCUCCACUCAACACUGGAAGGUCAUCUCAAAGUUCCAGUACCGCCCUUGGGGCCCUGUCAUCCACUUCCUAAAUAACCAGCUCCUGGACGCGGUGGUGGAGGUGUUCUUACCCCAGGUGCCGACCAGGAGGUGGAAGAGGAGUGAGGGGUCCAGGAACAACGUGGUCUUCCACCCCAUCUCCAGGGAAGACGUGCGUGAUGAGAUGGCUCUGAACUUGAGCACGCUGAAGACGUACUUCAGCUGCAGUGGCUACAAGGGCUACCACAUGGUCUACAGCCCCCAGAGCGGCCUCACCUGCGUGUCCCCGUGCAGUGAAGGCUACUGCGAUCACGGAGGCCAGUGCCAGCACCUGCCGGACGGGCCCCGCUGCAGCUGUGUGUCCUUCACCAUCUACACGGCCUGGGGCGAGCGCUGUGAGCACCUGAGUGUGAAACUCGGCGCGUUCUUCGGGAUCCUCUUUGGCGCCCUGAGCGUCCUCUUGCUGCUGGGGGCCGCGGUGUUUGUGGUCCUGCGCUUCUGGGGCUGCUCCGCGACCAAGUACUACGACUACCACCUGGACUCGGAAAGCUGA